CAGAUUUUUGACUUGCAACUAAUUUAUAAAACCAAUUAUACUAAAAAAAGUUUUCUUUGUCAUUUGAAAAUCAUUUCUCAAAAUUAGAAUAACUAAACAAAUUUCUAUACAAUUACUUAAAAAUUACAACAAAAAAACAAAUUCAGAAACAAAAGUCUCAAUUCGGUUGGCAUUGAUAUUCGAAAUUUAUCGUCAUGUCCAUCGAAUUACCCAAACUACGUGUUAGGAAAACCGAGCUCUACGCAUGCGAAUUCGAAAUUAGCGCCAGAGUGCCACGCGAGCUCUUCAACCAAUAUCUGGAAAAGGAAAUCAAUCAGCUCGGUAUCCGAGGUUGGGCUCAAGAGGUCGAAGAUGGAUGUAUCAAAGGUCGACUUGAGGGAGAGAUCAACAAAUUGGAUCAACUCAAAGUUAUUUUGAGAAGUUCUCCGCAAUUUGGUGCAAAAAUUAUCGGUACGGUUUUCGGUGAAUUGAGAAGGAUCAACAAAUACACGGCUGUAAAAUUCGAGGUCAUCUGCUGAUCGUUUGAAAACACAUAUGUAAAUCGAAAUAAGAAAUAUUAGUAAUCAUGAAUGUGUUUUUGAAUGUAUAUAGUACAUAUAUGUCACCUUGAAUGCUUCGCGCUCUGCUGCGAUACCAACAUUUUCGAUCGCUAUUCGCAAAUAAUCUAUAUAACGCGAUCAUUCAUUGUUGAUGUCGAAAUAGAGCACGAAGUGUAGAACUGUUUUUGCCAAUAACCAAAUUAUCCAUAGAAAUAAAAAAAUGUAAAACCAAA